AUGACAACAUCUCAUCUGAAUGGCCAUGUUGCUGGUGAGGGGGGAGGAAGAGGAGGAGAUGAAGAAAUGAGGGUAGGACAGCAGCAUAGGGAAAUGGCUGUCGACUGCCCGGGAGAACUCGGGAGCCGGACACUGCCAGUCCGGAGAUCUGCUCAGCUAGAGAGAAUCCGACAACACCAGGAGGACCUGCGUCGGCGUCGAGAGGAGGAGGGACGGCAGCUGGAUCUCAACGCUUCACUCAGGCUGAAGAAACUUUCCCAGAAUCCCCACAUUGGCAUCGACAACCCCACAUUCCUGCAGGACACAUGCACGUCACAGCAACCACUGGUCGGCAAUCAGCACAAUUCGCUUGAGUUGGAGGAGUUGCUGCUGUCACUGAAGCAGGUCCGGGGCUGUCUGUCUGACCAGCAAAGUCAGAAUGACAUAGAGCUGGUUCUUGCACUACUAAACAAGCCUGAUUUCCAGUCUGCACUUAAGAUCCAUAAUGCCGUGGCCAACAGCAUGCACAGACCAUCUCCACCAUACCCACAAACACAACAGGCACUGCCGUUGGCACUGGAGGUCAGAAAUCUCUGCCAAACAAGUCAGAACAAAGAAGGACUGGAACUGAGCAGUCUUCUAUCAGACAUUCACUUCCAGUCUAUGCUUCUGGCGCAUGACAGCAUUGCAGAGAAAGAAAUGGAACUGGAACAAGUGACGAGCCAAACCGAGACACUGACACAAUUGGGUGGGGAGACUGUAAAAAUUGUUCACAUAGAGAAGGCCCGAGACAUACCGCUGGGGGCAACGGUCCGUAAUGAAAUGGAGAGUGUGAUCAUCAGUAGGAUUGUUCGAGGAGGAGCAGCGGAACGAAGCGGACUUUUAACAGAAGGAGAUGAAAUACUGGAAAUCAAUGGCAUUGAAAUAAAAGGGAAAGAUGUCAACCAAGUCUUUGACAUUCUAGCAGACAUGCACGGCCUCCUGACCUUUGUACUCAUUCCGAGCACUCAGAGCAAACCUCCCCCAGUUAAAGAGAAUGUGGUUCACGUGAAAGCACAUUUUGACUACGACCCAUCAGAUGACCCCUACGUGCCAUGCAGAGAGUUAGGCUUGUCCUUCCAGAAAGGAGAUAUUCUCCAUAUCAUCAGUCAGUCUGAUCCCAAUUGGUGGCAGGCAUACAGGGACGGAGAUGAAGAUAAUCAACCUCUCGCUGGAUUAGUUCCAGGAAAGAGUUUCCAGCAGCAGAGAGAAGCCAUGAAACAGACGAUAGAAGAAGACAAAGAGCCUGAGAAAUCAGGGAAGUUGUGGUGCGGAAAAAAGAACAAGAAGAAGAGAAAGAAGCUGCUUUACAACACUCAGAGAAAUGACGAUAUUGAUGAAGAGAUUCUGACCUAUGAGGAGAUGGCCCUGUACCACCAGCCAGCCAAUAGGAAGCGGCCGAUUGCAUUGAUUGGGCCAGCCAGCUGUGGGCAGGCGGAACUACGACAGAGACUUUUGAAUAACCAGCCUGAACGCUUUGCUGGCGCUGUCCCUCACACAACACGCAGCCGGCGAGAUGUAGAACUCGGCGGUCGAGAUUACCAUUUUGUUACUCGUCAGACAUUUGAGACCGAGUUGGCUGCUGGCAAGCUGAUCGAGUCCGGCGAGUUUGAGAAAAAUCUUUAUGGGACCAGCACUGACUCAGUGAGACAGGUCAUCAACACUGGAAAAAUAUGUUUGCUCUGUCUUCAUACUCAGGCCCUAAAGGUUCUGAGGAGUUCUGAUUUAAAACCAUACAUCAUCUUCAUAGCUCCACCUUCCCAGGAAAGACUCAGAGCCCUGUUGGCCAAGGACAACAAGAAUCCCAAGCCCGAGGAGCUACGGGACAUUAUUGAGCGAGCCAGGGAGAUGGAGCAGAACUGGGGUCACAUGUUUGACGCCAUCAUAGUCAACACUGACCAGGACAAAGCCUACGCCGAGCUGCUGAGACUCAUCAACAAACUGGACACGGAACCCCAGUGGGUACCCUGCUCCUGGCUUCGCUGA